UAGAUAGAUAGAUAGAUAGAUAGAUAGAUAGAUAGUGCAGGCUGGUCAGUGGGUGCAUGUUGUUUUUGCUCUGAUGGGAUAAAUUAAACUGUGAGCGCGUCAUUUGGGCCAAACUAUUAAUAAGAAUGUCAUUUUGGUAUCCCCCCUCCUCCUCCCCUCUGAACCCCAUUAGUCCUUUGGACACUUGCCCAAUAGUCUCCGCAUGGCAGCUGAGCGCAUGCGCAGCGGCACGGUUUUCAAUAAUGAAGUUGAGCCUAAUGCCUGUGAACUGCCUGCUGCUCAAACUUGGACGCGGAGUGAAAAUAAUGGUGUUUCCCGCAGAGGUGAGCGGUCCGGUCACCGACACCGAGACCCGGGACUCCGGUUCGAGUUUGUAAAUUUGUUUUAACGACUCUGAGUUACUCCUGCGGGCUUGUUUCUGGACUCUCUCUGCUGGUAAUGGCCAGCAGUGGCUGAAGUGUUGUGAUCCAGUCAGUGACAGCCUGCAGACAGCAGGGAGAGCUGUGCGGCGACCACACUGCAUUUGAUUAUGAGCUUUUAGGAGAAGUGACGGAAAUCUGGGAGCUGAUUUCUUGCUGGGACGAAAGUUAUUUAUACACAGUGCGUGGAAGAUCACAACCUAAGAAGCCAUGGAGGCCUCACAGGACCUCAACGAACAGAUGGCGAAGAAAUCACACAGUGAAUCUCAUGUGCCAGACCCUUCGGACGCCAGGUCUAUGGAAAUGCAGGACCUAGCCAGUCCUCAUAACCGUGUGGGAGGUGGAGAUUCAUCGGGCUCCAAGCUGGACAAGAACAACCUUGGCAGCCCCUCCAUCACCACCAAUGGAACAGGAGGUGAAAACAUGACAGUUCUAAACACGGCUGAUUGGCUGUUGGGCUGCAGCAGCCCGCCCCCCGCCUCGGGCUCCAAGGACUAUGUGAAAACAGAGCCUAUGAACAACAACGAUACAGUCACUACGACCGGCGACACAGCACUGGACACAUACGCAGGCUCAGUAAUCACCAGCAGCGGGUACAGCCCUCGUUCAGCCCACCAGUACUCUCCUCCCCUCUACCCAUCAAAGCCCUAUCCUCACAUUCUGUCCACACCGGCAGCCCCCCCCAUGCCCACGUACGCCGGGCAACCCCAGUUCAGCAGCAUGCAGCAGUCGACCGUCUACACUGCGUACUCCCAGACAGGACAGGCGUACGGACUGUCCACCUAUGACCUCGGUGUGAUGCUGCCGGGCAUUAAGACAGAGAGCGGCCUGGCUCAGAGUCAGUCUCCUCUGCAGACCGGCCUCAGCUACAGCCCCGGCUUCACCACUCCACAGCCCGGACAGACUGCAUACUCACCCUAUCAGAUGCCAGGUUCCAGUUUCACUCCUUCCUCAGGCCUCUACGCCACCAACAACUCAGUGUCCAACCCCGCCAACUACACUGCCACACAGCAGGAAUAUCCAUCAUACACAACAUUUGGCCAAAACCAGUAUGCCCAGUAUUACUCUGCAUCCACUUAUGGGACUUACAUGACCUCCAACAGCGUGGAUGGCACAGGCUCCACAGCAGCCUACCAGCUGCAAGACCCCGCCCCUGCCAUGACCGGACAGGCUGCUGAACUUCAUCCAGGGGACUUUGAUACAGUGCAGAGCCCCUCCACGCCCAUCAAAGAGCUGGAUGACCGAGCCUGCCGGAGUGGGGGGUCCAAGUCCCGGGGCAGGGGCCGCAAGAACAACCCCUCCCCUCCCCCUGAUAGUGACCUGGAGAGGGUGUUUGUGUGGGAUCUGGACGAGACAAUCAUUGUCUUCCACUCUCUUCUCACGGGCUCCUACGCACAGAAAUAUGGAAAGGACCCUCCUAUGGCGGUAACGCUGGGUCUAAGGAUGGAAGAGAUGAUCUUCAACUUGGCUGACACACACUUAUUCUUUAAUGACCUGGAGGAGUGUGAUCAGGUACACAUUGAUGAUGUGUCUUCAGACGACAAUGGCCAGGACUUAAGUACUUACAGUUUUGCAACUGAUGGCUUCCAUGCAGCUGCAACCAGCGCCAACCUGUGCCUGGCUACGGGUGUCCGCGGCGGGGUCGACUGGAUGAGGAAACUGGCCUUCCGCUACCGACGAGUCAAAGAGUUGUAUAGCUCGUACAAAAACAAUGUGGGGGGUCUGCUGGGUCCCGCUAAAAGAGACGCCUGGCUGCAGCUCAGAGCAGAGGUGGAGGCUCUGACUGACUCCUGGCUCACCCACGCACUCAAGUCCCUGUCCAUCAUCAGCUCCAGGAGUAACUGUGUAAACGUGUUGGUGACCACAACGCAGCUCAUCCCAGCGCUGGCUAAAGUUCUCUUAUACAGUCUGGGAUCGGUGUUCCCCAUCGAGAACAUUUACAGUGCAACAAAAAUAGGCAAAGAGAGCUGUUUUGAGCGUAUAGUCUCCCGCUUUGGCACUAACAUUACAUAUGUUGUGAUUGGCGAUGGGAAGGAUGAAGAGCAUGCGGCCGGCCAGCACAACAUGCCUUUCUGGAGGAUAUCCAGUCACUCUGACCUGCUGGCACUACACCAAGCACUGGAGUUUGAGUACCUGUAACUAUUAUAGCAAUAUGGACUCAUGCAAUGCUACCGUGGAAAUGGUCAGCCAGCGAGCCCCCGUCUUUUGUAAAACUAUUUAAGAACAAACAAUACACUGCAACUGUUUUUGUGUUUUUUUUUUGUCUUGUCUUUUUGAACGUCUGGAUUUACAAACUCUGAACGGUCUUAAGAAGCGAAGGAGAGGUGAAAGGAGGUAAAGGAAAGAACAGUGGGGUUAAGAGAUGACUCAACUACCCAGCUCAGCCCCUGUGGUCCAGAUGCUGGAAACGGACAGCUGUGAAAACCCCCGUCUACGGUCCUUGCAUCUGUAGCAGACUUAAAUAAGCCUGUAAAGGCUCAAGACUUCCCUUGGCCUGGGAGGAUGUUUCUUUGGGCAACUCCUUGAUGUUUGGUUUGUUCUUGGGCACUCGAGACUAUUAUCAGGCCUGUCAUGGGUCACCCGGGACGAAUGACCUUCAAACAACGAGGGCUUCACUGUACAGGCAAUGUGUGUGUGGGAAUAACAGCUGCUUUUUCAAAUUGUUUUCUUCCUGGUGGUAUAAUAAUCACAACAAUGCAGGCUGCAUCAAACUUGUGUAAAUUAUUUACAAUAAACUUAAAAAGGGCAGUGGUGGAUGUUUUUGUCAAGGAAAUACAUUUUUUGGGGUCUUUUUUUUCCUCUGGAUUUUUGUAAUGUUUGGGCAGGGGGAAUUGAGGAUGUGCGUCAUGAUGUGUUGUGCCUUAAUGUGUUUGAAUGUCUUUUCUUUAUUCACAAAUGUCUAUGUAUGUAGAUAUAAAGGAGAAAA